AUGUCUACAGCUGCAGAAGUUCAGGCUGAUAACCAGCCAAAGAGUGCUUGCGAUGAUCCUCUUGUAUGGAUCGACUGUGAGAUGACUGGUCUCGACCAGGAUAAUGAUGAAAUCAUAGAGAUCUACUGCAUCAUCACAACGGGAAACCUUGAGAUUCUGGACGAAGAGGGCUUUCACGCCAUUAUCCACUUCCCCCAGUCUCGUCUUGACCAGAUGGAUGAGUGGUGCACAAAGACACACGCAGAAUCUGGCCUCACCGCCGCUGUUCUGGAGUCGACGACUACUCCAGAGCAAGCUGCCGAUGCCCUCUACGAAUACAUCACGCGAUUCAUCCCCGAGCGCAAGCGUGGUCUCCUCGCGGGCAACAGCGUGCACUGCGACAGGGCGUUUCUGAGGCGAGAGCCCUACAAGCGUGUGAUGAGACACCUACACCACCGAAUUCUGGAUGUCAGCUCUAUUAAAGAGGCUGCGAGACGCUGGGCGGCCAAGAGGGUUGUGAACAAGGUUCCCAAUAAGAAGGGUUUGCACAAGGCGAGGGAUGAUAUCCUGGAGAGUAUCGAGGAGGCAAAGUAUUACAGGGAGGUUAUCUUUAGGCCGACAUUUGAUGUUGUGCCUGCUAAGAACAAGCCUAACAAGGGGAAGCAAUAG